AUGGCGACCUCUGGUCUCGGAAACGAGAUUGUAAAUGUUGUCAACAAGCUCCAAGAUGUCUUCUCCGCUGUCGGCUCCUCCGCCGCCCAAAUAGACCUCCCUCAGAUUUGUGUGCUCGGCAGUCAGAGUAGCGGGAAAAGUAGUGUGCUCGAGAACAUCGUCGGAAGGGAUUUCUUGCCUCGAGGUUCCGGUAUUGUGACCCGUAGACCACUGGUUCUCCAACUCAUGAACCGCAAACCUACCGCUGGAGCCAACGGUUCAGCGAAGACCAGCGCUGAGGACCUAAAGAGUGACCCACAAAGCAACCCCGACGAGUGGGGCGAGUUCCUCCAUCUCCCUGGCCAGAAGUUCUUCGACUUCACGAAGAUCCGUGACGAGAUCGUCCGCGACACCGAGGCGAAGACUGGCAAGAACGCCGGCAUCUCUCCUCUCCCCAUCAACCUCCGCAUCUUCUCCCCCAAUGUCCUCACCCUUACCCUCGUCGAUCUUCCCGGUCUUACCAAGGUCCCCGUCGGAGACCAGCCGCGCGAUAUUGAGAAACAAAUCAGGGACAUGCUGUUCAAGUACAUCUCCCGUCCAGCAUGUAUCAUCCUCGCUGUCACUCCUGCGAAUAGCGAUUUGGCGAACUCGGAUGGUUUGAAGAUGGCGCGCGAGGUCGAUCCGGAGGGUCAGAGGACAAUUGGUGUCUUAACAAAGGUCGAUCUCAUGGACACCGGUACCGAUGUUGUGGACAUCCUUGCUGGUCGCGUUAUCCCACUGCGCCUCGGUUACGUGCCUGUGGUCAACCGUGGUCAACGCGAUAUCGACACCAACAAGCCUAUCUCCUCUGCUCUCGAUGCGGAACGCAAGUUCUUCGAGGGCCACCAGUCGUACUCCAACAAGGCGCAAUACUGUGGAACCCCCUUCCUUGCGCGGAAGCUGAAUGUAAUUCUUAUGGCGCACAUCCGUGCGACACUUCCCGACAUCAAAGCCCGUAUCUCCCAACAGCUCCAGAAGUACACUCAGGAGCUUCAAACGCUGGGUGGUGCUCUUGGUGACUCCAGCUCGUCGAGCAUUGUACUUUCCGUGAUCACGGAGUUCUGCUCCGAGUUCCGGACGACAAUCGACGGUAACACGAACGACCUGUCUCUGAACGAGCUCUCUGGUGGUGCACGUAUCAGUUUUGUGUUCCACGAGCUGUUCAGCAAUGGCAUCAAGACCAUCGACCCCUUCGAUCAGGUCAAAGAUGGUGACGUCCGGCUCCUCCUCUACAACUCCUCUGGUUCGACACCGUCGCUGUUCGUGGGCACCCAGGCGUUCGAGCAGAUCGUCAAGCAGCAGAUUAGGAGACUGGAGGAACCCUCUCUGAAGUGCUGCCAACUUGUCUACGAUGAGCUCAUCCGCAUUCUCGGUCAGCUUCUCGCCAAGAUUCAAGCAUUCAGGCGAUUCCCGGCGCUGCGUGACCGCUUCAACUCCGUCGUCGUGAACUUCUUCAAGACUGCAAUGACACCCACGACGAAGCUUGUCACCGAUAUGGUCAGCAUGCAAGCAUGCUACGUCAACACCACCCACCCCGACUUCCUCAACGGCCACAAGGCGAUGGCGAUCGUCACUGAGCGGAUGAACGCCAACAAGCCGCAGGAGCGCGUGGACAAGAACAAGGUCUCCCCGGCGCAGAUCAACAACAACCGUGACCUCGACGUGGACAUGAGGGAGGAGCCGGGAUUCUUUGGUUCGUUCUUCGCGAAAAACCAGCAGAAGAAGAAAGGUGUCGCGGUCAUGGAGGCGCCCCCGACCGUGAUCAAGCCGCAGGCUGCGCUUAGCGAGCGCGAGACGAUGGAGACGGAGGUGAUCAAGCUGCUGAUCCAUUCGUACUUCAACAUCGUCAAGCGGGAGAUGAUCGACAUGAUCCCGAAGGCGAUCUCGCUCACGCUCGUGAACUACUCGAAGGAGACGCUGCAGCAACAACUCUUGCAGGAGCUUUACAAGCCCGACGUGCUCGAGGACCUCCUCAAGGAGUCGGAAUUCGUCGUCAACCGCCGCAAGGAGGUGGUGUCGAUGAUCCAGGCGCUCAACAAGGCGGAAGAGUGA